AUGUCAGAUAACUCGUAUCGCUUCCAUCAACUCCCCAACUCACCACCUACCGCUGCAGACGUGCAACAGUACAAAGAGUUCCGGCUACUCUCUCUUAAAACAGAUCCGAAAGCUUAUUCUUCCACAUAUGAAGGAGAGGGCGCGUUUACAGACCAACAGUGGUUCGAGCGGUUGAGGUCGGACAGUAAAGGGACUAUCGUCGCAACUUUAGAGAGGCCCGGAGAGAUCACAGAGGAAUGGGCCGGAAUGAUAACAGUCCUAUCCCCGCAGUUGACAGAUUUCACAGACUAUAUUCCCUCCAAAUUGAAGGAGAAGCGUGGAGUGGAGUCUGUGUAUAUCGUUGUGGGCAUGUGGGUACAUCCAGAGCAUAGACGACGAGGUGUAGCAGGACAAUUGAUCGAACAGGCGGUUCAUUGGGUCAGAAAUAGGAGGAGAGACCGUGAAGAGGGUGGAGGAGGGACGCUCCUUCUAGAGGUCGUGAAAUCAAACGAUGGUGCUGCGAGUAUGUAUACCAGAUCGAGAUUUGAAGAGGUGAAUCGCGAAGGGACAUCAUCGGAUAAGGAGUCUACCUUCAUGUACUUGGAUGUAAACGGACUGACUUCGGAGAAGGUGUGUGAUAACCUAUAG